UGGAUUCUCCACGCAGAAGGAACACCACCAUUCAACUCGGGAAAAAAAUACUCCUAUUCCUAUAUAGAGAUAGAGAGAAGCAGAAUCCGAAAGCCCUCGAAUCCAUCAAUGGCGAUCGCGGCUUCUUCGACUUCGUUUCCUCAUCUUAAUCACACCCUUUUCCCAAAACCCCCUUCCCUCUCUCACCAUUUUUACCAAUUCCGUCCCCAUCGCUUUCCCUUCACAGUACGCGCUACCUCAGCGCUCGUUCUUGAACGGGAUUCAAUCACACAGCCUCAAGUUACGUCGGAGGUCGAGUUAUUUGCAUGCCCAGUAUGUUUUGAACUGCUAAUAAGGAAAGGCCCCCCAGGUUUUAACUUGCCAGCAAUUUACAGGUCUGGUUUCAAAUGUACGAACUGCAACAAGACUUACUCUAGCAAAAAUAUUUAUCUUGAUCUCACUGUUACUGCGGGAACUAAAGAUUAUAUAGAAUCCCAACCAGCUCGGACUGAGUUAUUUCGGAGUCCGCUGGUAUCAUUCUUGUACGAAAGGGGCUGGCGUCAAAAUUUUAACCGCAGUGGUUUUCCUGGUCCUGAUGAAGAGUUCAACAUGGCUCAGGACUUCUUUAAACCUUCAGAAUUAGGUAUUUUAGUAGAUGUUAGCUGUGGGAGUGGUUUGUUUUCUCGGAAAUUUGCCAAAUCUGGAACCUAUUCAAAAGUUAUUGCUUUGGAUUUUUCUGAAAAUAUGCUUCGGCAAUGCCAUGACUUCAUCAAGAAUGAUGACACGAUUAUAUCUACCAAUUUUGCUCUUGUAAGAGCAGAUGUUUCUAGGCUGCCCUUUGCGUCAGGUUCAAUUGAUGCUGUUCAUGCUGGUGCAGCCUUGCAUUGUUGGCCAUCUCCUUCAAAUGCAAUCGCUGAGAUAAAUCGUGUAAUGCGAAGUGGUGGUAUCUUCGUCGGAACUACCUUUCUCCGAGUCAGUUCAACAACUCCCGAGAUACUGAGGCCUUUUAUUAGACAGCAGGGGAUGUCUCAGAGUUAUAACUAUUUCACGCAGGAAGAGAUAGAGGAUUUGUGCACAACAUGUGGUCUUAUCAACUACACAAGCAAAGUUCAGCAGUCAUUUAUCAUGUUCUCUGCACAGAAGCCUUGAUUUGUGGUUUUGAUCCAUUUGAUAUAUACCCUUUUCUUCAUCUUCUUCUUUUUAUCUUUUGUACUGUUAUUUAUCUCUCGAUUUGUUGUAUAUGUAAAUUGUGAUCAUAUUAGGAGUAACAAUUUAGAAUCAAUACCUAGAAUCAAUUUAGUGUAUGUUUAAGUGUCAGACUCAUCUGUUCUCUCUCGGGGCUGGGCAAGCGGUGUUCAUGAGAUUUCUGGAAGUACCUCGUUUGUAAUAUCGGAGUUGUUUUUUUGCUGGAAAUGUCUUUUUACGGAUGUUAAUUCAUGAUCAAUUAACCCAUUGACAA